UACAGUCUACACUUGGUCAAGGUCGGCGUUGAAUUGGGAGUUGGCCGAGACUGAUAGACCCGCAUGCACGGCAACAACGACGGAAAUUGCCGAGGGCGCCCCAAAAGCUCGCUCUAGGAACCCGUAGCAGGAGAGAAGAAAGACGACUACUUCUAGGGUUUUUACACUUUGCACCGAGAGUGUCACAGAGUGUGACGAUGUCCGGGGUUUUCGUGCUCCUCACUCUGGUUCUCUCGUCCCUUUUCGUCUCUCCCUCGGCAUCGAAGAAGGAGCAGAUCGCCGUCGCCAGAAAGGAGGACAUUCCCUUCAUCCGAUGCCAGGUCUGCGAAACCGUAGCCAGGCAACUUUUCUCGCAGGUCGAGCGUAAAUCGUCCGAGAUCUCUCCGAAAAAGAUAUCGGAGUAUCAGAUUAUAGAAAUCGCCGAGAAUAUAUGCGACUUGAAGAAGCAUGGGGGAGAUUGGAUGCUUCGGAUCGACAUCGUCGAGAAGGGAGACGCCUUGGAGCUUGUUGAACAAGAAUCUGAAGGGCAAUGUAACUCAGAAUGUAAAACUAUCGAGCGAGCUUGCCAGGAGGUCAUGGGGUAUCAUGAUACUGAUGUUGCUGAAUUUGUGUUUAAAAGCAAACCCCAGUUGAAUCAAUUGAUAAAUUAUAUCUGUAAAGAUCUCAGUAAAGCGUGCUCUUCCAAGCCUCCUCCUGUCCCAGUGGAUAGGGUCCCAGGUGAGCCUUUUGUUCCUAAAUCAUCUAAAGAAGCUGAAAUGGAAAAGAUUUUAAGGUCUAUGGAAGGUAUGCCAGGAGCACCAAGCAUGAAAAUGUACUCCAAAGAAGAUUUGUUGAAUAUGCAAAACUUUGGAGAUGAUGAAGAUGAGGAAGAUGAUGAGCUUACCUCAAACUUGCGGAAUGCCUGGAAAAAUAAAGAACCUAAGAAGGCUGACUGGAAGCAAAAGCUUGCUAUGGGAAUCAAUGACGUAAAGACGGGAGUUUCAAAGCACUUAAGAAAAGCAUCACUGAAGAUCCAAAAAUGGUGGAGGGGGAAGAAAACAGGUUCAAGGUCUUCAAAAUCUAGCAAAGCUGAGCUUUAAACUUGCUGCAACUCUGCAUUCCCAUCAAGCUUGAAUACUUUGAAAUCACGAAAGGUUCUGAUCCCCAUAUCGCACCUUCAGAAAUUAAAUUAUUUUUGGGUUGUAAAUCGGAGAUGCAAAAAAUUUUGUUAACAGGCUUUUGCUUUGAAGAUGAGAUAUUUUAGAUGAGCUGUUCCCUUGGAAUCA